AUGGCUGACUAUUGUGGAGAGUACAUCAGCGAGGAAAUAUUUACACUGGUCAAGAAAAAGAAGGAAACUACAUGGGAUGAUCCAGAUGAUCCUGGAAAGGAUGCUACUCAAGGUCAAAGAGAGAAAUACAAGAUGGAGCUUAGUGAAGCUAAGGAAAACAGAAAGACUUACAAGAUGGGCAAGAACGGACAGAAGUUUGUCCGUGAGAUGGAAAUGGUGGUUGUGCAUGCUUAUCCCUCAGUCGUUAAAGAGUGGCCGGAGGAUGUUCCGUCCAUGAUUGCGUGGAUUACGAAUUUCCGUGGAGAGUCAAAUGACAAUAAAAAACAGAUGCAAGAUGCCCUCAGCUCAGGUGUCUCAGCCACCAGUUUUUAUCAGAAUGCCCGUUGCGGAGGGCGAGGCGAGUGCUUCUACUGCAAGAAACCCGGGCACAUCAAGAAGGACUGUCCCAAGUGGAAAAAGCCAAGCAGCAGCGCGAGGCUGCUGGCCACGGCGACGAUGCCGCAAGCACCACAUCGGCUCGCUCCAGCACCAGCACCAGGAGUGCAAUGA